CCAAUCUGGGCUGUGCGACUCCGAGCGCAGCCAAUAGGUGUGGGUCAUCGCCCGUCUGGCGUGGGGCCCCGCGUAGCAGUGAGCCCGAAGUCAGAGCUUGCUACUCCGACCCUCAGUGCCUCCAGGCCAGCCCGGCUCCGGCAUGGCGACCUCGGCGGCCGGUCCCGUGCUCAUCGUUGGCAGUGGCCUCAUUGGGCGAAGCUGGGCUAUGUUGUUUGCCAGUGGAGGCUUCAGGGUGAAACUGUUUGAUAUUGAGCAACAGCAGAUAACAAACGCCCUGGAAAACAUCAGGAAAGACAUGAAGUUGCUGGAGCAGUCAAGUUCUCUGAAAGGUUCACUGAGCGCAGAACAGCAGCUGUUCCUCAUCACUGGUUGCUCAAAUAUUCAAGAAGCAGUAGAGGGCGCCAUACACAUUCAGGAAUGUGUUCCAGAAGACCUGGAACUGAAGAAGAAGGUUUUUGCUCAGUUAGAUGGAAUCAUCGGUGACGACGUUGUCCUCAGCAGCUCCACCUCAUGCCUCUUGCCUUCCCAGCUGUUUGCUGGGUUAGUGCAUGUGAAGCAGUGUAUUGUGGCUCAUCCUGUGAAUCCCCCGUAUUAUGUCCCUCUGGUGGAGCUGGUCCCCCACCCGGAGACAGCCCCGGUGACAGUGGACAGGACCCACGCCCUGAUGCAGAAGAUCGGACAGUCCCCGGUCAGGGUCCUGAAGGAGGUCGAUGGAUUUGUCCUGAAUCGCCUGCAGUAUGCGGUCAUCAGUGAGGCCUGGAGGCUGGUGCAGGAAGGAAUAGUGUCUCCGAGCGACUUGGACCUCGUCAUGUCUCACGGCCUAGGCCUCCGGUAUGCAUUCAUUGGACCCCUGGAAACCAUGCAUCUCAAUGCAGAAGGCAUGUUAAGCUACUGUGACAGAUACGGCGAAAGCAUGAAACAUGUCCUCAAGACUUUCGGACCUAUUCCAGAGUUUUCUGGGGCCACAGUUGAGAAGGUUCACCAGGCCAUGUGUGUGAAAGUCCCAGAUGAUCCUGAGCACUUAGCUGCCAGAAGGCAGUGGAGGGACCAAUGCCUCAUGAGACUUGCCAAACUGAAAAGUCAGAUGCCCUCCCAGUGAAGGUUUUUCUUUGUGUGUUUUUUUAAGAUUUUAAAAUUGAUUUUUAGAAAGAGAGGAAGGUAGAGGGAUAUAGAAA